UGGGCCAAGAAUCUUGGACCCAAUACGUCUACAUACAUAGACAUGAUUUUUCUUGAUCUUCCCUCAAUUCACAUUUAUUCUCUGACGCUGUAUUCUAUUCUGUACCUGGAGGGAGCCAUGAGUGCAGCUGCGUCAUCCUCCGCUACUCCUUCCGCUGCCCAAGUCCUCUCCCUCUUCCGAUCCCUCCUCCGCGCCGCGCGCGAGUUCCCCGAUUACAACAUCAGGGAGUACACCAAACGACGCACCAUCGAUUCGUUUCGCCACAACGCCACUCUCUCCGACCCGUCUCAAAUUUCCACCGCCUUCGCCCACGGCAAGUCACAGCUCGCCGUCGUUAAACGACAGGCCGUCGUCUACUCCCUCUACGACUCUCCGCUCCGCAGCGUCAUGGAACUCCAACAAGUCCCCUUCUAAUCACGAUAAUCUCAGGGUUUAGGGUUCUCAGUAUGACUCUGUUGAGGUCUCCACUUGCUCUGAGAAGAUCAGAAUUUCGCUAUUUGAUUCCCAUCCCUCAUUUUUUUAGGACAAAUUUAUGUUUUUUUUAUAUAUUUAAAUUGAGUGGCACUCCUUAAUAAUAAAUGUAAAACCGGUUUUUAGUUGUUAGGAUGAUAUGAGAGUAUUUAGUUGGACGACCUGUAAAUUUGACAUUUUUAUUUAAUUUUUUAUAUGACGAUGAUGAUGAUGUUAUCCUUCACUAUGACAAUUUGAUGUGUUUGUGCUGUUGUUAUGAUAGAUUAUUCUGGUUUUGUCUUUUA